AUGGAUCUAGGCAUGAUGCGUCAGGCUCAAGUCGAGCGAAAUAGUAAGGUGAAGGCUGCACAGCGCAAGCUUGAGUCUGGAUGGAAGCCCGGUCGACUGAAACGCCGACAACAAAUAGCAGCCACGAUGAUUCAACGCGCAUAUCGAAUUCACCUGUUGCAUCAAACCUUUCAGCGUUUCCGACAAGACAUUCGCUUCACAUAUUCAUCGUUGCGAGCCUUUGGUCAUGCAAGAAGCCGUAACCAUUGGCGAGAUGUGGAUUUAAGGAGAAUGUCACGUGAAGAACUUCGACUCAUAGCAUUGUCACUUAAUCUGCCUUCGUCUGGGAAAAAGGUGCUACUAAUUUGUCGUAUACAACGCUGGGUGUACUCGCACGUGGAAGUUUUCAAUUUAGCAACACAAGCUGCUGCAAGAGCGCUUGAAAAAAGCCGCAAAGCUCAAGGAAGCGUAUACUUCUGUGGAGCUCAUCCUAGGGCUGAUGUCAUUGACAUUCGUCCACUGCGGGGUCACUACAUCACGAGUGUUGCAGCGGGCUUUGACUCUGACGCUGUUUACGCUCUAGAUAGCGCUAGAGGUGCUGCAUGGCUUUGUCGAACGGGAGGUUUGGCGUCGCAAACAGAAUUGUGUAGUAACGUUCAUGUCAGCAAUGAGUUUGAGCUGACUUCGCGAAAAAGUCACUGGCUUGCUUCGCCUGUUCUUCUUCAUGCGCUGCAAACUGAGCAGGUAAAGCACGUAUAUGUAGCGCAAGGUCAUGCCAUGGCACUUACCAAGACUGGCGAAGUUUUCAGUUGGGGCGACAAUGCACACGGAGCGUUGGGUUUCGCAGCAGAGAACGCUGCUCACGUAGCACAGAAUCGUGUAACCUUAAUUGAAGCACUCUCGAACUAUCAGACAAUCACUGCUGCUGUUGGAGGACACCACAGUAUUGCUGUUUGUAAUCAUGUUGCAGGUCAUGAUGGGGUCAUUUUCAGUUGGGGCAGCAAUUCGCACGGUCAACUCGGUGUCUGCCCUUCCAAUCCCACUGCUAUGACGAUGUCAAAAUGUUUUCCCCGAGCUGCAGUAAUCCACCAGGUGGCAGCACUCCGCUCUAUUUCAGUGCGUCAGGUGGCAUGUGGAGCUUUGCAUUCCUUGGCGUUGACAUCAGACGGCAAAGUGUUUGCUUGGGGGUGUAGUGAUGGUGGACGAUUAGGCCGGGGCAAGCCAGUAAGCGAUAUAACUCAGCCCUUUGUGGUGAAUGGGUUGCUUACAAAUCUUGUCACUCUUACCAUUGCUUGCGGAUCGUGGCACAGCGCAUGUAUCGCAGCUGAAGCUUCCCAGGUAGAGAGCAAAGCCGGUCGCAUCUUCACGUGGGGCACAGGCAUCUAUGGGCAGCUUGGCAUAGGAAAAAGUCGGUUUGUUGACGAACCUCGACCUGUUCGUUUGUCAUCCCGUGAACUCGACAAAGAAGAUUUUGCAACUCGAAUUGCAUGCGGGACACACCACACGGCAGUGCUAACAACCACCAACCGCAUUUACACAUGGGGCAGCUCACAGACAUUUCAUGCAGUCCCAACCGAAUUGCAAUUAUGUGAUGGUAGACGCUUUGGACGCGUCACGUCAUUAGCUUGUGGACGCAAUUUCACGGUAUUUAGCACUGCUAGUCAUGAUGCCUCAAGCUACGAAUGGCCUCAAGUGUCACGUCUUUGGUGUGACAUGCCCUGCAUUAUUCCGUGUUUGAAUUUAUCCAGAGUACCCAGAUCGUCUUGUAGUUCGGCUUUAAUGCCUUCAAUCAGUAAAAGCACCAAAGUUGCCGUACCUUCGCAAUAUAUUCCACUUCUUGAUCGACCCGAGCCAUUCGCUGACCGACGUACUCGAGAAGAAAAAGAAAUUCGAGAGGCCCAACGCAUCAACGAUAUUGACAUAAAAUCGAUUGUUCAUCCCCUGUGUCGACUGUGUUGGCGCUGCAAUGGAUUUCAGCCCUCCCCUAUGCGCUUGUGGAUGUGCCGCGAUUGCUCGCACGAACGUCAGCUACACGGAUUAAGGAAGGCAGGAGUUGCUAUGGAAGAAUAUGAAGCUGUGCGCAAGCUACAAUGUCUAUAUCGUGCGCGAAGAGCUCAAAACUUGCUGAAGCGUGCUCGUGAACAGUGCUACCAGCGGAUUUUUAGUAUCCAGCACAACAAUUUUUUUUAUUACAAUCUGUGGAAGGGGAGCAAGUCGUGGACUCGUCCAGUGGGACUAGAUGAAGAUUAUGAACUGGCCAUUCGUGAUCCGGAUGCUUCACCAAGGGUUUUACCUCCAUAUACGGCAGUUGAAGUGGCGAUAAAGGUGCAAUCCAUGUGGCGAGGAAAGCAAGCACGCCGUUUGAUGUUACUAAAGCUGCAAAGUCAGUACGAAAAGCAUUUGGAUUUGAAAAAAGGACUCAUUUUUUACAUUCGAAAGCCAGCUAUCUCAAAGGUAAACAAAGAGCCAUGUGCAAAGUUGUGGGAUCCCCCGCCAUUGCUUCGAAAGCGGUAUGAUUUAGGCGAUCCUGUUGAAAUCAAGCGGCUUACAAGGUUUGCUAACAUGAGUCUAGAUGAGGCCGCUCAGAUUUUACAGCGUGCGUACCGACGCCAUCGAGGCCGCAACUUAAUGCGUCGUAUUUUGCGUUCACGUAUUAAAAAACUCUGGGAUGCUACGAUCGGUAGACACUAUUAUUUCAAUGUCAUGACGAAGGAAUCGACGUGGGAGAUACCCGAUGUACUUCUAAACUGCGACGUGGUUAGACCAAAGAUCUCUCGACGCUUCAAAUACAAGAGCGACGGACAAACGCAAAACGGUAAUUUGAAGGAGAUAUUUAAACGCAAUGAAGCUGCUGCGUGCAUGAUUCAAGCGUUGUACCGACGAUUUGCAACUCGGGUCACGCUGUUUGAGUUGAUAAAUAGUCGUUAUCGCAAGUUGAUGGAUCCAAUAUCGGGUCAGCCAUACUACUAUGACAGCGUCUCUGGUACAACUUCCUGGUUCAAGCCAAUUUUGCUGGGACUUCACGACCUUGAACUCACAGUUGAAUCUACCACCGCAGCAUUUUAUACGCUUAAGCCGACACUUGUCCCUAUCUCGUCAUACUUGCCCGCGCCUACGACAUAUAUCAUGCGAAGAAGCUGCCUUGCGUAUACAGCGGAUGUGGCGCACUCGUCACGCCAAGUACGAGUUGCGUGGUCAAGUAUUCAACCCAUUUGA